AUGUUGCGCGUAUUAAGAGGAGAAAUCACCCAGAUUGACUUGUGGAAUCGGAAGUUAUCGCAAGAAGAAGCCCGCGACCUGGCCGACUGUCGCGCCGAAGACACCGGGAACCUCUUCACCUCAUCCUCCGCGAAGUUUGAAGUUUUCGGAAACAUCACGGAGACCGAUGUUCCUCUCGCUCAGCUGUGCAGCUACACUCCCCAGUACGCGGUCUUGCCAGAGGAACGGAGUUUCUCGGAAUCGACGACGCUAUGUCGCCUUUUCAACAACUCCCAGGCCGUGCCGACGUCGUCCUUUGAGAACCGUGUCCUGCACAAGGAAAUCCUGCCUUUCCUGGACGUGUGCGUUCCUUCGGCAUCCUGGAAGAUCUGGAUUGGCGCUACGGACGUGCUGGAAGACGGGGUGUGGCGAAACGACCACACGCAGGAGAUAAUCUCUUACACAAACUUCUCGUCGCUUUACCCCAUCACGGGGUCGCUGACUAACUGCGCUGAGAUGAUGAACGACGGGUACUGGACGGUCGACAUGUGCGAGUUAGCGAUUAAGCGCUGCACCGCCUGCUACAUCGAGCGGUCAGACUUCCUUCGGCUGCGCGGUCUUUGCUUCGACAACGACCACCAGAGUCGUUUCCGUAUUGACGGAUACGCCGAAGGUAGACCACUCAUCAGAGGCUACUACAAGUUCAUCAUUACGUGGAAAAAGGCGAAGACUCAGUGGCUGCUGACGGACACCGAAAGCAACCAGACCAUCGCCCAGCUGCCGGUGGCUGACGUGGAGACCUACCCAAUCGGGCAGAAGGAGUGGGAGGUCAGCAAGGGCGUGUGCGGGAUGGCGCAGGGAGGUCCGCGCACCCUCAGCCUCUCCCCUUGCUCGGCGGAGCAGUUCAUGUGCCGCUCGGGGGAAUGCGUCCCAAGCAAGUUCCGGUGCAACUUGCGCUAUGACUGCGGGGACGGAAGUGACGAGGACGAGUGCCGCGUCAUCGUCCUGUCGGGAGGCUACGGCAAACACCUGGCGCCGACGGGGGCCCGAGGUUCGCUGCUCUUCCUGAGGCCCGUUCUCACCCUCACGCGAGUCGCGUCCGUCGACGAAGUGAAUCAAGCUGUCACUCUCGAGUUCGAGGUGAGCCUCUCGUGGAAGGACCCGAGAGUCUUCUUCAAGUACCUGGAAGUGUCCAAGAAGGGCGCGGUGUUGUCUAAGGACGACAUGAAGCUGAUCUGGCUCCCGACCUACCAGGUGACCAACCUGGAAGGAGGACAGAUGAAGAUGCUGCACGAUGCCGUGGUAGUGAGCGGUGCCAACAAUGCCACUGUGCCUGACUACAAUGCCGUCGACAUGGACCUGUUGUACCCGGGCUCAGAGAACGAGAUGACGGUGAUCAGACGCUACACGGCCAUCUUCACGUGUUCCUUUGAGCUGUAUUCCUACCCGUUCGACGUGCAAGUGUGCGGCAUCGACCUCAUGCUCCCCGCCGACUACGAAGGGUACGUGGAGUUCUUGGAGGAGGAAGGGGAGGUGGUCUACUCGGGCAAGAAGGAGCUGGCGCUGUUCACCGUGAAGAGCAUCCGGUUCGCUAAAAAUCUGGAGAAGAACCAGCUCAGGUGCGAGUUCGAGCUGCACCGUCGCCAGGGCGUGAUCCUGCUCACGACGUUCCUGCCGUCCGUGCUCCUGCUGUCCGGUUAGCUGGGCGACGCU